GCGGUGGCUGAGGUGCUGCGAUUUUAGAGAGAGAAAGUUGAAGGAAAUCAAAAAAACAAAAAGAACAUUUAUAGAAAAGAAAAACAAGAGAGGGAAAGCUUUUCACCCUCUUCUUCCCCACUUUCAGAGAAGGAGAUGGUCGAAGAAGAGAAGGUCCUCUGAGUUUUUUUCCUGAAAAAGGGGCAGUCAAAGAACAAGAACAUUAAUUACAAAAAGUUUCGAAAAGAACACAUGAAUGUUUGUCGAUUCCUGAAUUCCCAUAAUUUCAUCCUAAUUGUUUGAUUGGGUUCCUUUUCUUUAGCUGCCUUUUGGAGCCUCGCCAUAAUUCUCUAUUCAAGUAUUGCGUUUUCUUGAAACUUUGAAUUUCAAGAACUCGGGAAAUUUUCCACAUAGGCAAAAACAAGCAGCAAAAGAAGAACAAUUCAUCUCAUUCCUUGACUGCCCCAUUCUGGUUUUGCUGGUAAAAAUUGAAUCUUGGAGAAACUUUAAUGAUUCAUCCCCUGGCUUGUUGCGCUGCUUGAACAAUAAGAGGCCCAAAUUUCAUGGCUGGUUUGGAAGCAGCUAAUGUUAUUUUUUUGUUUUAAUUUAAUGUGUUUGUGGUAGGAAAUAAGAAAUUGUAUCCACAAAUUUUUUUAUUAUUUUACCUUUCCAUCUUUGUUGUUACCAUUCUGUCCGAGUAACAACCGUUGCUCGGAGAGUUAUUUUUUUUUAUCAUAAAAAGCUUUCAAAAGCUGGCAAUUGUGUAUAGAGUCAUAGCUGUUGGCAGAGACUGUCACUGCCUCAAUCACAACUAUAUACAUUGGUCUGGCAAGCAAUGGGGGAUCGAUUGGCUGUACAUGGAACUCAUGUUUUCUAUAUCGUACUUUCGGCUCUUGUUUUCGGCACUCGAGGGCAUUGCUCUCUUAAUUCUGAAGGGAUUGCUUUGAUGAAAUUUCAAGAAAGAGUAGAUUAUGAUCCAUAUGGAGUUUUCUUAAAUUGGAGUGCUGAUGAUUGUGAUCCAUGCAUGUGGCCGGGCGUUCUUUGUCUUGAUGGUAGAGUGCAAACUUUAGAUCUCACUGGAUAUGCUCUGGAAGGAACACUCGCACCAGAAUUGGGAAAUCUUACACACAUGAAAACACUCGUGCUCUCCAAGAACCGCUUUUCUGGUGUCAUUCCUCGGGAAAUUGGACAACUCAAAAUGCUAGAAGUGCUCGACCUAAGGGAUAACAGUUUGAAUGGAAAAAUUCCAGCAGAAAUCGGUGCCUUGCAUUCACUAAGAAGCUUGUUGCUUUCUAACAAUGGGUUCCACGGAGGCAUUCCUUUGGAGAUUGGGAAGCUUAGGAUGCUGACUGAAUUGCAGCUUGACAUGAACCACACCACUGCCUUUUCUGGAGGAGCUGGCUUCAUUAAUAGAAAACUUGGGCAGUGUAUUUGGCAUUCCAGUUGGAGUUCAUUGAAGAAAAUGGAUCUCUCUCUAACACCUAUAAAAGAAAUGCUUAUGCGUUACCUCGAUCUCUUUUCUAUAUACAAUUUCGGGGAAGGCAUUUUGCAUACAACUUCUAACCACUCUGAAGACGACCAGUCAAGUUCCCCUUGUCUGAAUGUCAUGGCACGUCGAAAGUUGGUUGAACAGUCAAGUAACUUAGCUGCUGCUCCUAUUCAUGGUGAGGUUCAAUUGGAUAACAUAACUCCUCAGCCAGUCAGUAGAAGCAGUGGGUCAUUUCCUGCUUUACAGGGAAAGAAGGUGAAGUCACCACUCCCAGCAGCUCCACCUUCUCCUAAUAAAAAUAAGCACAGUAAGUCAAAUCCUAUUGUUCUUCCUGAACAACCGGGCAACCAAGAUUCUGGGGGAUCCCAAAAUACAUGGAAGUAUGUAGUGGGAAUUUCAUGUGGAGUUUUCUUGUUCAUUUUGGCUAUGGUAAUUAUUUAUAUAUGGAGAACUAGAGCAGCAAGAACCAUUGGCCCUUGGAAGACUGGAUUGAGUGGACAAUUGCAAAAAGCGUUCAUUACAGGAGUUCCAAAACUUAACCGAGCCGAGUUAGAAGCAGCAUGUGAAGAUUUUAGCAACAUCAUAUGUGCAAAUGAUGCUCUCACUUGCUAUAAGGGAACUUUAUCGAGUAAAGGAGAGAUUGCAGUUGUUUCUACUACUAUCACUUCUCUAAAAGAUUGGUCUAAGCGCGCCGAAAUGACCUUCAGGAAGAAGAUUGACACUCUUUCAAGGAUAAACCACAAGAACUUCGUAAACCUCAUAGGGUACUGUGAGGAGGAUGAACCUUUUACUAGGAUGAUGGUAUUUGAAUAUGCCCCAAAUGGAACUCUUUCUGAGCAUCUCCAUGAUAAAGAACUUGAACAUCUUGACUGGAAUGUGAGGAUGAGAAUUGUCAUGGGAAUCGCAUAUUGUCUGCAACACAUGCACAAUCUGAAUCCACCCCUGUCUCAUCCUGACAUCACUUGUAGUAACAUACUCUUGACGGAUGAUUAUGCUGCUAAGAUUGCAGAGGUUGAAUUUUGGGCAGAAUUCACUAACAAGUCAAAGGUCGGAGAUAACGAGGAGCACUCUGAUCUACCGCCACCUGCAGAACCAGAAGCCAAUAUCUACAGCUUUGGACUUGCGCUGUUGGAAAUAAUAUCAGGAAAGCUACCUUACUCCGAAGAGCAAGGCCCAAUUCUACAAUGGGCUUCAUCUUACUUGAAUGACAAGCAAAAUAUGGCGGAAUUAAUUGAUCCAACAUUGGAGUCCCACAAGGAUAACCAGCUAUUGAUUGUAUGUGAGGUAAUCCAAGAAUGCACCGAAAAAGACACAAGGAAGAGACCAACGAUCGAUGAAGUUGUUUCAAAAUUGAAGGAAGUCAUUCAUGUCUCGCCGGCCGCUGCAGGCCCGAGAUUCUCUCCCCUCUGGUGGGCGGAACUUGACAUCUUCUCUUCCGGCCACCAUGAAAAUCUACAAAUGUAACUUCAUGUAAGCUGAUGGGUUGAUUUAUGUAUAUUUGUUUUACUGAAUGUGUAUAUGUGUAAAUGUAUUAUGUAUUGGUCAUUCUUUCCAUUCCUCACUUUAAUUUUUCUCCUCCUUUUUGUUUUUACCUUUGGAUUGAAGUGUGGUCAUUUUUUGUUUCUCUUAUAAAUGUGAUUUUGAAUGGAUACAGAUAUAUACUACCUGUC